AUGGUUUCCUCUGGUACUGCAUCAUUACCGAAAAUGGCGUCGAGCACAACAUCUGGUCAGCUGAUGGAUCUUCUUACGCGCCAUAUCCGUGCGAUAUUGGGACAGGACUUUUGGUCUUCUGAAUUUGAUAACACCACUGCAACGGAUUCACUAAAAAAUAAACAUUACACGUUUCUUGAACUUUUUAUGACUGUAAGUGUAUAA